CUUUGGAGGAUAAUUGCCCCCUUUGCAAUCAGAAGGAUCAAAUGAAGUAGUUAAUCGACGCAAGUGACUUCAAUCACUGUCUUCACACAGCCAAAGGGCAGUUAGGCUACUUGAAUGUCAAAGAAGUUGGAAUAACCAAACAGCUUUUUUCCAAAGGAGGGUAAACGGAGCAUAUAAAGAAAGAAACACACAGAGUAUCGUACUGUGAGGAACGCUGGAGGUUUUGUCACAGUUUCAAAGCUAAAAAAGGGGUGCUGGAAUAUCCUCUAACAUAAACAUUUAUUCUAUUGGCUUAAUUACAAAGAUUUGUUAUAAAUAAAGGGAUAAAUAAAUGUGAGCAUCAACAUUUCUGAUGCAUGCACAUCUUUUAUUUUGCAUUACAAAGUACAUGCCAUACUAAUAAAUGAACCAGAGGACGCGAUAUUUAAAUGAAAAACAGUAUAAUUACCACCAAAUUAAUAAGUGGUCUUUGAAAAAUCGAGACAUGAAUGUUUAAAUGGAAUUUUUUUUUACCCCAUAAUGAGGUUUUAAUGGAAAACAAGACCACUAAGAUCAAACAUAAUGUGACGUGCAUUUCACUGAUUUAGUGAAACUAUCACAUAUGUUCUCCAGCAAGUGUGUUGAAGAAAACUUUGAUUCAGAGGACUGUUGAAUCUAACAAAUUACACUUGUUUAGACUCAAAAUAAUGUAAGAAAAAAGUAACAUAAAUACAAUAUUCACUCUUAGUCAUUAAUACUUAUUUUAUAGUAACUAGAAUUAACUAGUCCCCUGUUUUGGAAAUGCUUUACUUUUAUGAUGCGUCAUGAUUGGCAUUCUGACAGACCUUGCAGGUCAUUAUCAUUACACAAACAUUGUGAAACGCACUCCUGUGCACGGAGAAUAGAUGGCCAUUUCCGUACAGUGGGGCUCUCUUUGAAAUUCCACCCUCCGCCUUUGUUGUGCACAGCGAGGGGCGGGAAGACAAACAGGUCCACAUGUAUAAAGAGAUCAUCCCAGGACUCAGAGGCAGGAGGCUUCGAAAGCAUCGUGUGCCGAAACUCUGGAAACUUUGGGAUUCAGGAUUCAGGGCCGCUUUGGACUUUGUCUCUCGCUCAUUUUGUCUUCCAGAGGAUUUUUGUGUGUGUGUGUUCUUGCAGCGCAACUGAGUUUAAGGAGAGAGUCAUGCAGAUUCCAUCAUCGCAACGCUUCUUGGCUGUGUAUCUCACGCUGUUUGGAUACUUUGGGGACGUUUACGCAGGGACAGUCCUGAUGAACUCCAAUGCCAUCAAAAACUUACCCGCAGCGUCGGGCAGUAAAGGAGCAGACACUGUUAGUCCGAGUCCGCGCACCUCUCCAUCCAGUAGCUUGGGACACAAAUCUCCCGUUGACACCUUACAGCAGUCAAGUGUCUGCACGGAUGAUGAAGAUUGCGGGGGUGAUGAAUUCUGCAAUGACGCCCGAGGCGCCUGUCUGCCGUGCCGUAAGAGUCGGAAGCGUUGCGCACGGGACUCCAUGUGUUGUGCAGGAAACCGCUGCAGCAAUGGUGUUUGCCAGGCUAAUGACAUAGAUGGCACAGAUGCAUCCAUCAUCCCAGGCUGGCACAAAAACAGCACUAUGGAGCAUCAUGGCAAGAAGCCGCCUACAGCCCACAGCCAUCAGCCUCAUGCUGUGAAAGGCCAGGAGGGUGAUAAUUGCUUGAGGUCUGCAGACUGCUCUGAGGGUCUGUGCUGCGCCCGACACUUCUGGUCUCGAAUCUGUAAGCCCGUGCUGACGGAGGGCCAGGUGUGCACGCGCCACCGCAGGAAAGGCAACCACGGUUUGGAGCUGUUCCAGCGCUGCGACUGUGGCGACGGCAUGGCCUGCCGACCGGAGAAAGGAGAGCGAGAUCACAGUGUCAGCAGGACUGCAGCCCGGAACCUACACACCUGUCAGAGACGCUGACACAAACGCGAGGACACACACAGAGACAGGAAUACACACUCACAACACACUCCAACACACACACCAAGAAAACCCAUAAAUCAGUCACAGACACUGACAAACACUUUUCCGCCUUGCAUACACCCGAGAUGCUGACACACACACACACACAGACACCCAACACCUAAGACAUUCUUUCCUGCCAAAGUUGCUGACAAAAACAGCACCCGGAAGGAUAGACAUGAUUCCUGGAAAAGUGAUACACCCAGAGGGAUGCAACAGAGCAAGACGGACUGAUCCGGUUCCACAUCAACAGAUGAAGGAAGUUUUGCAGUGACAUUUCAGAAGUCUUGGGAAGAUCGAUUCAUGUCGUCGGUAUUGGCAGAGCUGUUUUGUUUCUCUUUUUAUGGAACUUCAAGCCUCAGUUAUUGCAGUAAAUUACUGUAUUGUAAAUAUUAUCUUAGAGGUGGCACUUAAUUGAGCUAUGGAAUUCUGUCAACACCAGUAUUAUAAAGACAUGGUGCUGCAUGCAAUGUAAAUGUGUUAUAUAUUGUUUUAUAAGAAAAUGUUAUAUAUAGAAAAGCUGGAUAUAUUUGUUUUAUUAAACAUCAUGUGAUAACCUCA